AUGGUGGUCCUCUCCAACUCGUUGAAAGUGACAUUCCCAGAGGUUCGUGGCAUUCCAGUCUCAGUCUCCGGGGCCUUCGAGGAGUUGGCACCUUAUGGCGAGAUCAUGCGGCUGGAGCUGCUGCAAGACCAAGCGCAAGUAGUGGUGAGCUACUACGACUCCCGUUGUGCUGCACGCGUGGCAGACGAACUGGGCAGCCGAUGCACCUGGGAGCCACAGUAUGGGCAAUGUACUGUGCGAGCUUCUGGCAAGGUCGAGCUCCCUGAGAGCACUCUCGGCCAGAUCUGCGGUGCAUGCAAAGAUGAGAGCUCGGAUUUGUACAGCCUGAUCUUCUAUGAUGUUCGUGCUGCUGAGACCUUUGCGGCAGAGGUAGGUUUGAUCGUUGACUCCGCGCCGAAAGACAAGGCCUUCAUCGCUCCAGCGAGACGAUUGAGGGCGGCUCCCUCGGCCCCGCGCUAUUUAAACGAUUUGGGCAUCUCCCAGGUGGUGUGGGCUGACCUGGACAGUGGUCUUGAGACCAGAACGACCUUGCGAAUCAAUCGAUUGAACUCCAAGUUGUGCAACCCAAAGAGAUUUGAGAUGCUGCUGGAAGAAGCAGGGCUAGCACAGUACGUCGACGUCUUCCGCACUUUCACCACGGCGCGUGGCGACUUCGGCACCGCGCUGAUGAACAUGACCUCCACCGUGGGGGUGAAGAUGGUGGCGAAAUUCUUCCAUGGAAGACAGUGGGGAAAGACGAUGCCCGUCUCGGUGAGCUUUGCCGUCACACAGGGGCGAGACGAGGUGCUUGCAAAAUAUCCGAUGCAGGACUGCCAACUAGGCGUUGCGACUCGAGCCAGCAAGGCCGAGCCACUGCAGGUGAUGUUCACAUCCGUGGAGAAUGGUUCUGAGGCCAGCACCGAGGUGAGCGAUGAGGGCGAGUCAGAUGGCAGCUCUUGCGGCUCCACAGGUUUGCGGUGGGCGGGACCGACGCGGGACCGAGAGGUCGGCUCCAGCUCCAAAGAGACGGAAGUUGCAGGCGUUUUCCAGCCAUGGAAGGAUCAGCCGAAUCCUCCAAGCGCCCUUUGCUUGAGCAAGAUGAGGCGGCCAAGUGCAUCGAGUGGAGAAUCCGUGGUCAUCGAGAUGCACAGCAUGCCGGAGGAGGGCUCCAGAGAACUUUUGCCGGUGGUACACCCGGCCCACUUGGUGGCGGGCAUGUCGGGAGCCGCUACAAGACAAGGUGACGACAGGCUUCGCAUGCAGACCAAUCACAUGUUGCGGUGCACCAUUUGCAAAUCCGGCACAGCGAUGGUGGAGGGCGAAGAGGACAACAUUUGGUCAAAAGCUGGAGUUGUGGUCCACCAUUGUAGCGAAAGACAUCGAAAGACCUGGAGCGUCGGUAGGUUCGGCCAGUCGCCAGUUCGGCCAGGUGAAAACAGCUUGCUGGGACGGCUAGUGGCACUGGGCAAUCGCAGGGAAGAUUCGGACGAGGAUCCGGAGGCACAGCUGGAGGACUUGAUUGAUACGCGCACGUGUGUGGCGCUGGUCAUUUACCUGGGCAUGUUCUGGGCUGGAGACGUGGUGUUGUGUUGCAUCAUUGCGCUCUACGAACUCUCCGUCCUGCAGCUGGUGAUGCUCGCCAUCCUCCGACGCCGCGACGUGACGUUCACGGCGAGCACGAGCAGCGCGAGCACCGGGACGAGGCCAGCCGAAGAAACCCGCGAAUCCACGCAGCCCGUGCGGGAGAUUCAGCUUCGCACCUUAGGUCGAACCAGGGACGCGGUGGGUCGCGCUUGUGACUCGGGCAUCCAGGCGGACCGGAAGGUGGCUCGGCCCAAGGAGAGCAAAGCCGCUGCUUCGCAGGAGGUAAAGCAAGAAACGGAGGGUGAAGCAGAGGCGGAAGCCUUUGCGGCCGAUCCCUUCGGCGACAAGGGCAUCCUUUCGGCGGUGUCGGAAUUGAGUGACCUUCAGCAAGAAUGGAAGGAGAAGAUGAAACAUCCUUCCUUCAGAAAGGCAGGGCCUCCACGAAUGAAGCGACCCCCGCCGCAAGCUGUAUUGGAUGAGCAGGAGCGGAGGCACAAGAUGGAGGAGAUCGACACUCUGGAGCUUCAACUCAAAGAGGCCAAAAACGUGGCAGCGGCAGCCAGACGAGCUGCGCAAGCUGCUGAGCAGCUGGCUGAAGCUGCAGCAAAAGAGGCGGAGUCUGGAUCCGAAGAUGGUCAGACUUCUCAGCAUGUUUCGGAGAAGAAGGAGGAAGUCGACCUGCAGCACCAGGCAGAGGCACGCGUCCAGGCUCGGAGGAGACAGGAAGCGAAGGAACGGCGCGAUCGACAGCGCAAGGAGGCAGAGGAGAAGAGGCUCAAAGAGGCUGAAGCUGAUGCCAAAGCAAAAGAACUGGAACGGCAGACAAAAGAGAGAAUACAGGAGCGGAGACGUUCUGAGAGAGCGCGUGACCGACAACUUCAAGAAGAAAUGGAGCGUGAGUCAGAGCUCAAAGAGCAAAGAUCCCAACAAGCUGCGGAGGAGCUUCAGCAGCAAGCAUUAAAGCGCUUGGCUGACAAGGAGCAGGUUGAGCGACACUUGGCCGAUGAGCUUGCAAAGAUGGAGGCUGAGGCCAAAAGACAGCAAGCGCAAGAAAACCAAGCAAGAGCCGAAGAGCUGCGUCAAAAGACUCGCCGACGCAUGCAGCAAUACACACGCCAGCAGCGUGAUCAAUGGAUGGCGCAAGAGGAGGCUCGCAGGAGGAAGAUGGAGGAGGAAGCCCAGGCAGCCGACGACAAAAUCAUGCAGGCGAUCCAAAGCCAAGAGCGUGCCAAAGCACGGGCUGCCGAGUUCAAGCAUCGGGAGAAAAGUGUGGAAAAGGCACGGGCCAUGCUGGAAGAAGAGCAACAGAUCAGGCAACAGGAGCUGGCUGAAGUGGCCCACAUGGAGCGUCAGCGAAAGAGACAUUGGAGAGCCGAGCUAGCGCGUGGUGCUACACCACUGCGGUCCGAGGUGUCCUCUUCACGUGCGUCAAGCCAUCCUCCAUUGAGGCCAGCUCCGGUUCGACCGGUCUACGAGUCCUUCGGAGGUCGAAGUGCCGAAAGCAGCCGAGCCAGUACGCCCAAGUGCCCCAUUUGGUCGAUCGUGGAUGGCGACGAAUCCCGUCCGCCACCAAGGCCACUGCCAAGACCAACGCCACAUGAACAGAAGAAGGUGCCCUUGCAGAGAUUGACCAGGGCAGUGAGCCAACCUCCCAGUCCUUCCGCGCUAGGAAGUGGUGCGUGCAGUGGAGCUUCAACGCCCGAGCAUUGGGAUGAACCCAGCCACUUCGUGGAGGAAGUCACUGCUUAUCCUGAGAAUCCUAGGUGUGUCCAGGAGACUCAGGCGGACGAUGCCUCCACUCCAUCCUCCGUAGGGCCUGGAGCACCCAAAUCGCCCAAGCCAUGGAAGCAAAAAGCGAUACAGGUGAACUCGGCCGCGCACUACUUGGACGCGCUGAAAGCAGCUCGGGGUGUGGCCAAAGCCAAGACGCGGCCGACGCCCGGGAGCAAAGGAUACGCUGAGCAGUUACGUUUGAGGGCCGAAGAUGUGGAGGCCAAGCAGCGGGAAGAGGAGGAUGUGCGCAUGGAGCGAGGCUAUGCCGCAUUGCAACGAGUGCAACAACGUGCGCGACAGGCUGCCUCACCCACUUCGAGCUCUCGGCUGAGUGGCUGA